CUGUACAAAUGUUUUAAAUAAUUAUUUGUAUGAUUUUAAUUAUGGAUACACAUGUAUGUCUAUGUGUGGGGUAUGUGCACGGUGUGCAGAGGUCUCUGGAGCAGAGUUGCCAGCAGUUGUGAGUCACUCAACACGCAUGCUGGAACUCAAGCUUGAGUCCUCUGCAAGAGCAGUGAAUGCUUUUAACAACUGAGCCAUUUCCCCAGCCCAUAUGCUCUACCAUGAAAUGCACCUAACUCAUAUGUAUACUUAAUUUUAAAACCAAGUAAAAAUGCGCUACAAAAUUCCUUUGUGUGUGUUUGCAUAUAUUUGUGUGUGUGUGUGUGUGUGUGUGUGUGUGUGUGUGUGUGUGUGUGUGUGUGCCUGUACCUUAACGUGUGUGUGGAGGUCAUAGGACAACUUCAGGUGUUAAUUCUUACCUUCCAUCUUCUCUAAAGCUUUCCUUCCCCUAGUUCCUCUACAUCCACAGGGACCAGGGAAUCCUCUCAGGUCUAGAGAGCUGGUUUAAGCUUGUUCCCUUGCCUUUAGUCUCACAGUAUAGCCAACUCAGUGACUGGGACAUUCCAAAGCAGAGACACAGGUGUGUGUGUGUGUGUGUGUGUGUGUGUGUGUGUGUGUGUGUGUGUGUGUUUGCAUGCACAUGCAUGUUUGUUCAAGAACAAAGACAGCUUCUCCCAAGGCAUACUGAAAGGCUCCAAUCCUUGGCAUCACCUCCUUCGGGCCAGCUGAUUCCAUCUGGCCAACACCAAAGCCUACCCUACGUUGAGCAUCAGCCAGAAGGGAUCUGUACUUGUCUGCCUUCAUCCAGUAGAUGGAGAGGUCCCUGAAGUUGGCCAACAUGACCAGGGUUCAGCAGUUCAUCUUGCUGGGAUUGUCCACUAGGUUGGACAUAAGAGAUGCUCUAUUUGCUGUCUUCCUGACUCUCUACCUGCUGACACUCAUGGAGAACACACUCAUCAUCUACCUCAUCUGUAGUCACAGCGAGCUCCACAAGCCCAUGUACUUCUUCCUGGGCAACCUCAGCUGCCUUGAGAUGUGCUAUGUGUCAGUCACCAUGCCCAGCUUGCUCAUAGGUCUCUGGAAUGGAAUCUAUCAUAUUUCCUUCAUAGCCUGUAUGACCCAACUCUUCUUCUUCAUUGUCCUUGUAGGCACAGAGUGUAUCCUUCUGGCUUCUAUGGCUUAUGACCGCUAUGUGGCCAUCUGCCGCCCAUUACACUACCCACUACUCAUGAGGCCCCAGGUCUGUCUGGGCUUGGCUGUGACUUCAUGGCUGGGUGGGCUACUGGUCUCUAUGGUCAAGACCACAUGCAUUGCCACCCUGUCCUACUGUGGCCCCAAUGUCCUCAACCAUUUCUUCUGUGAUGUUUCCCCAUUACUCAACCUGUCAUGUACCCAUGUGGCCCUCACAGAACUGGUAGACUUCAUCUCAGCUAUUGUCAUCCUCUGGGGCUGCUUCCUCGUGACUAUGGCCUCCUAUGUGGCCAUUGGUAGGACAGUUCUGGCCAUGCCUUCUACCACUGCCCGCUCCAAGGCCUUCUCCACCUGUGCCUCCCACCUGGUAGUAGUAGGCAUUUUCUACUCAGCCACUAUCUUCAUCUAUGCCCGUCCUAAACGAUUAGAAGCCAUGGAUCUCAACAAGAUGCUGUCUGUCAUCUACACAGUGGUCACCCCCAUGUGCAACCCAGUCAUCUACUGUCUGAGGAACAAGGAGGUCCAAGUAGCUUUCUACAAAACCAUGCACUGGUCCUGA